AUGAAGAAACAUUGGCAAUAUAUUCUCAGGAAAGGUAACACACCAUCACCAAAGAAGAAUCCUAGUCAGUAUGAAAGUAACCAGCCAGGACAUGACUAUAUUCCUUUGUCAAAGACCGGAGUGACACCAAAGACUAAGCUAACUGUUAAAACAUGCAGAGCUGACCAGUUCAAAUGCAACGACAAUAAGUGUAUUCCAGGCGGGUGGAGAUGUGACGGGGAAAACGACUGUCAUGACCAUUCUGACGAAUUGAAGUGCACCGUUAGGAAUUGUGGUGCAAACAGGUUCAAAUGCAAAAGUAACGAGUGUAUACCAGACCUUUGGGUAUGCGACGGAGUUAGAGAUUGUCGCGACAAUUCCGACGAAUUUAACUGCACCACGAGAGCUUGUGCCAUCGGAUAUUUCUCAUGUGGCUAUGGUAAAUGCAUCACCAAUCGCUGGAUUUGUGAUGGUGAAAACGAUUGUCCAGAUAAAUCUGAUGAAAGGAACUGUAACACGACUGCUUUGCCAGGAACAUACCAAACAUCGACAUCUGCACCAUAUGAAAUACCUGCAGCAAAUUCAUACGUAAAUACAAAACAAACAACGACGUCUUUGUCCUAUGAAUUGCCUGCAAGGGAAACAUACUUAAAAGUGAAACAUAAACCAACGCAUGCUCCGAAUGAAGAUGCUGUAAAAGAUUCAUACGUAAAUGAAAAACAAGCAAAGACGAAAAAGCAAUUUGAAACACUUGUAACAGACACAUACGCAAACGUACAACAUAAAUCCACGUAUGCACCAUAUGAAGAUGCCGUAAAAAAUUCACACGUAAAUGCAAAAGAAACACCUACAGCUAUACCAUACAAAGAACCUGCGAAAGAUCUAUCAUACGAAAAUGGAAAACAAACAAAGACGAGAUCGCAGUAUGAAGUGCAAUCGGAAUAUUCAUACGGAAAUGUGAAACAAGGUACGAAGUCUGUGCCAUAUGAACUAGAUUUGUACGUAAAUGGAAAACAAACAUUCACGUCUAAACCAUAUAAAGCACCUGCAAAUGAUGUAUACGUAAAUCAAAAACAAACAAAAACGAGAGCGCAGUAUGAAUUGUCUGAAACAGAUACAUACGUAAAUGUAAAACAUAAACCCACGUAUGCGCCGUAUGAAGAUGCUGUAAAAGAUUCAUACGUAAAUCAUAAGCAAACCCCAACAUCUGCACCAUAUAAAGCGAUAGGUUCAUAUGUAAAUAAAAAACAAACACUGACGACGGCGCCAUUUGUACCCCCAAAGUCUGCACACUAUGAAAAACCUGUGGCAGACUCAAAUGUACAUUCAAAGCAAACAUACGAAUCAGCUCCAAUUAAAGUACCUGCGACAAAUUUCUACGUAAGUAGUAAACCAGAAAAGACGAAAGCGCAAUAUGAAGUGCAUUCAAAAGAUUCAUACGGAAAUGCAAAGCAAGGUACAACGUCUGUGCCAUAUGAACAACCAAAGUCUGCGCAAUAUGAAAAGCCUUUAGCAGAUUCAUAUGUAAAUCCAAAGCAUAAGACCUCAUCAGAGCCAUAUGAAGUACAUGCGACUGAUCCGUACGUAAAUGGAAAACAAACGCCCACAUCUAAACCGUAUAAAGUACCUGCAAAUGAGAUACACAUCAAUGGAAAACAAACGAAGACGAGAGCGCAAUAUGAAGUGCCUUCAAAAGAUUUAUACAGAAAUGCAAAGCAAAGUAUAACGUCUGUGCGAUAUGAACAACCAAAGUCUGCGCAGUAUGAAAAGCUUGUAGCAGAUUCAUAUGUAAAUCCAAAGCAUAAGACCUCGUCAGAGCCAUAUGAAGUACAUGCGACUGAUCCGUACGUAAAUGGAAAACAAACACCCACAUCUAAACCGUAUAAAGUACCUGCAAAUGAUAUAUACAUCAGUGGAAAACAAACAAAGACGAGAGCGCAAUAUGAAGUGCCUUCAAAAGAUUUAUAUAGAAAUGCAAAGCAAAGUAUAACGUCUGUGCCAUAUCAGUCACCAACGUCUGCAUAUUAUGAAAAGCCUGCAGCAAAUUCGUAUGUAAAUGCAAAGCAAAAGACCACGUCAGAGCCAUAUGAAGUACAUGCAACUGGUCCGUACGUAAAUGGAAAACACACUCCCAUAUCUAAAGCGUAUAAAGUACCUGCAACUGAUAUAAACAUCAAUGGAAAACCAACAAAGACGAUUGCGCAAUAUGACGUACCUGCAACAGUAGAUACAUACGCAAAUGUAAAACAUAAGCACACGUAUGCGCUGUAUGAAGAUGGUAUAAAAGAUUCAUAUGUAAAUGGAAAGCAAACAUCAACGUCUGUGCCAUAUGAAGCUCCUGUGAAAGAUUCAUAUGUAAAUAAAAAACAAACAGCGACGACUGCACCAUAUGAACCCCCAAAGUCUGCACACUAUGAAAAACCUGUGGAAGCUUCAUAUAUGAGUUCAAAGCAAACAUCCACAUCAGCUCCAAUUAAAGUACCUGCGAAAAAUUUGUACGUAAACAGAAAACAAGAAAGGACGAGAGCGCCAUAUGAAAUGCUUUCGAAAGAUUCAUACGGAAAUGCAAAGCAAGGUACAACGUCUGUGCCAUAUGAAUCACCAAAGUCUGCGCAUUAUGAAAAGCCUGUAGCAGAUUCAUAUGUAAAUGCAAAGCAAAAGACCACGUCAGAGCCAUACGAAGAAAAUGCGAUUGGUCCAUACAUAAAUGGAAAACAAACCCUCAUAUCUAAACCGUAUAAAGUACCUAGGAAUGAUAUAUACAUCAAUGGAAAACAAACAAAGACGGGAGUGCAAUAUAAAGUACCUGCAAUAGAUACAUUCGCAAGUGUAAAACAUAAACCCAUGUAUGCGCUAUAUGAAGAUGGUGCAAAAGAUUCAUACGAAAAAGGAAAGCAAACACCUACCACUGCACCAUAUGAAGCUCCUGUGAAAGAUUCGUAUGUAAGUGGAAAGGUAACACCAACAUCUACUUCGUAUGAAGCUCCUGCGAAAGGUUCGUACGUAAGUGGAAAUGAAACACUAACAUCUGCACCGUAUGAAGCCCCUGUGAAAGAUCCGUACGUAAGAAGUGGAAAGCAAACACCAACAUCUGCACCGUAUGAAGCCCCUGUGAAAGAUCCGUACGUAAGAAGCAGAAAGCAAACACCAACAUCUGCACCGUAUGAAGCCCCUGUGAAAGAUCCGUACGUAAGUAGUGGAAAGCAAACACCAAUAUCUGCAACGUAUGAAACCAAUGAGAAAGAUUCGUACGAAAGUGGAAAGCAAACACAAAUAUCUGCACCGUAUGAAGCCCCUGUGAAAGAUUCGUACGUACGUAGAAAGCAAACACCAACAUCUGCACCGUAUGAAGCUUCCGCGAAAAAUUCGUACGUAAGUGGAAAGCAAACACCAACAUCUGCACCAUAUCAAGCUCCUGUGAAAGGUUCAUACGUAAGUGGAAAGGAAACACCAACAUCUGCACCGUAUGAAGAUCCUACGAAAGGAUCAUACGUAAGUGGAAAGCAAACACCAACAUCUGCACCGUAUGAAGAUCCUACGAAAGGAUCAUACGUAAGUGGAAAGCAAACACCAAAAUCUGCACCGUAUGAAGCUCCUGUGAAAGAAUCGCACGUAAGUGGAGCGCAAACACCAACUACUGCACCGUAUGAAACCCCAAUGAAAGAUUCGUACGUAAGUGGAAAGCAAACACCAACAUAUGUACCGUAUGAAACUCCUCCGAAAGAUUCGUACGUAAGUGGAAAGCAAACAACAACAUCUGCUCCUAAUGAAGCUCCUUUAAAAGGGUCGUACGUAAGUGGAAAGCAAACAACAACAUCUGCACCGUAUGCAGCUGCUGCGAAAAGUUCGUACGUAAGUGGAAAGCAAACACCAAGAGCUGCACGGUAUGAAGCUACUGCUAAAGAAUCGUACGUAAGUGGAAAGCAAACACCAACAUCUGCACCGGAUGAAGCUUCUGCGAAAACAUCGUACGUAAAUGGAAAACAAACACAUGACAUGGUCUUUUUCAUUGUACCGAAUGAAGCUCCUGUUAAAGAAACGUAUGUAAGUGGAAAGCAAACACCAACAUUUGCACCGAAUGAAGCUCCUGUGAAAGAAUCGUACGUAAGUGGAAAGCAAACAUCAACGUCUGCACUGUAUGAAGCUCCUUUGAAUAAUUCGUACGUAACUGGAAAGGAAACACCAACAUCUACUCCAUAUGUAGCCCCUGCUGAAUAUCCGUACCUAAGAAUGAAGCAAACACCAACAUCUGCACCGUAUGUAGCCCAUUCUGAAAAUCCGUACGUUAGUGGAAAGCAAACACCAACAUCUGCACCGUAUGAAGCUCCAGUGGAAGAUCCGUACGUAAGUAGAAAGCAAACAUCAACAUCUACACCGUAUGUAUCCCCUGCUGGAAAUCCGUACGUAAGUGGUAAGCAAACACCAACAUCUGCAUCAUAUGAAGCUCCUGUGGAAGAUCCGUCCGUAAGCGGAAAGGAAACACCAACAUCUGCACCGUAUCAAGCUCCUGUUGAUUCGUACGUAAGUGGAAAGCAAACACCAAAUUCUGCACCGAAUGAACUUCCUUUGAAAGGUCGUUACGUAAGUGGAAAGCAAACACCAACAUCUGCACCGUAUGAUGCUCCUGUGAAAGGUUCGUACGUAAGUGGAAAGCAAACAUCAACAGCUGCACCGUACGAAGCUCCUGCGAAAGCAUCGUACGUAAGUGGAAAGCAAACACCAACAUCUGCACCGUAUGAACCUGUGAAGAAUCCUCCUGGAAAGGUUCUACGUAAGUGGAAAGGAAACACCAACUAUGCACCAUAUCAAGCUACUGCGAAGGAUUCAUAUGUAAGUGGAAAGCAAACACCAACAUCUGCACUGUAUGAAGAUCCUACGAAAGGAUCAUACGUAAGUGGAAAGAAAACACCAGCAUCUGCACCGUAUGAAGCUCCUGCAAAAGAUUCGUAUGUAAGUCGAAAGCAAACGCCAAAAUCUGCACCGUAUGAAGCUCCUGUGAAAGAUCCCCCUGCCGAAGGUCCGUACGUAAGUGGGAAGCAAACACCAACAACUGCACCAUAUGAAGCUCCUGUUGAAGAUCCGUACAUGAGUGGUAAGCAAACACCAAAAUCUGCACCUUAUGAAGCUCCUAAGGGAGAUCCGUUCGUAAGUGGAAAGCAAACACCAACAUAUGCACCGUAUGAAUCUCCUGUGGAAGGUUCGUACGUAAGUGCAAAGCAAACACCAACAUCUUCACCGUAUGAGGCUCACGUGAAAGCCCUGCUGGAAAUUCCGUACGUAAGUGGAAGCAAACACCAACAUCUGCAUCAUAUGAAGCUCUGUGAAGUCCUCGUAAGUGGAAAGGAAACACCAACUUCUGCACCGUAUGAAGCUCCUGUUGAUUCGUACUUAAGUGGAAAGGAAACUCAAACUGGACCACCGUAUGAAGCUCCUGUGAAAAAUUCGUACGAAAGUGGAAAGCAAACACCAACAUCAGCACCGUAUGUACCGCCUGUGAAAGAAUCGUACGUAAGUGGAAAACAAACACCAACAUAUGCACCGCAUGAAGCUCUGGAGAAUCCUGCACCGUACGAAGCUCCUGCGAAAGCAUCGUACGUAAGUGGAAAGCAAACACCAACAUAUGCACCGUAUGAAGCUCCUGUGAAGGAAUCGAACGUAAGUGGAAAGCAAACAGCAACAUAUGCACCAUAUGAAGCUCCUGUGGAAGAAUCGUACGUAAGUGGAAAGCAAACACAUAUAUCUGCACCAUACGUAACAACUGCGGAAUAUGCGUACGUAAGUGGUAAGCAAACACCAACAUCUGCACCGUAUGAAGCUCCUGUGAAAGAUUCGUACGUAAGUGGAAAGCAAACACCAACAUCUGCACCGUAUGAAGCUCGUGUGGAAGGUUCGUACGUAAGUGGAAAGCAAACACCAACAUCUUUACCGUAUGACGCUCGUUUUAAAGUUUCGUAUGUAAGUGGAAAGCAAACACAAGAAUCUGCACCGUAUGAAGCUGCUGUGAAUUCUUACGUAAGUCGAAAGCAAACACCAACUUCUGCACCGAAUGAAGUUCCUUUGAAAGAUCGUUACGAAAGUGGAAAACAAACACCAACAUCUGUACCGUAUGAAGCUCCUGCGAAAGGUUCGUACGAAAGUGGAAAGCAAACACCAACAUCAGCACCGUAUGAAGCUCUUGCGAAAGAAUCGUACGUAAGUGGAAAACAAACACCAACAUAUGCACCGCAUGAAGCUGCUGCGGAAGAAUCGUACGUAAGUGGAAAGCAAACACCAUCGUCUGCACCAUAUGAAGCUCCUGUGGAUGAUUCGAAAGUAAGCGGAAAACAAACACCAACAUCUGCACCGUAUCAAGCCCCUGUGAAAAAUUCCUACGUAAGUGGAACGCAAACACCAACAUCUUCACAGUAUGAAGCUCCUGUGAAAGGUUCGUACGUAAGGGGAAAGCAAACACCAACAUCUGCACCGUAUGAAGCUCCUGUUGAUUCGUACGUAAGUGGAAAGCUAACACCAGCUGGUACAACGAAUGAAGCUCCUUUGAAAGGUUCGUACAUAAGUGGAAAGCAAACACCAAUUUCUGCACCGUAUGAAGCUCCUGAGAAAGGUUCGUACGUAAGUGGAAAGCGAACACCAACGUAUGCACCGUAUGAAGCUACUGUGGAAGAUUCGUACGUAAGUGGAAAACAAACACCAACAUCUGCACCGUAUCAAGCUCCUGUGAAAAAUUCGUACGUAAGUGGAAAGCAAACAGCAACAUCUUCACAGCAUGAAGCUCCUGUGAAAGGUUUGUUCGUAAGUGGAAAGCAAACACCAUCAUCUGCACAGUAUGAAGCUGCUGUGAAUUCUUACGUAAGUCGAAAGCAAACAACAACGUCUGCACCGAAUGAAGUUCCUUUGAAAAGUCGUUACGUAAGUGGAAAACAAACACCAACAUCUGCACCGUAUGAAGCUCCUGAGAAAGGUCCGUAUGAAACUGGAAAGCAAACAUCAACAUCAGCACCGUAUGAAGCUCCUGAGAAAGGUCCGUACGAAAGUGGAAAGCAAACAUCAACAGCGGCACCGUAUGAAGCUCCUGCGAAAGAAUCGUACAUAAGUGGAAAGCAAACACCAACAUCAGCACCGUAUGAAGCUCCUGCGAAAGGUCCGUAUGAAAGUGGAAAGCAAACAUCAACAGCGGCACCGUAUGAAGCUCCUGCGAAAGAAUCGUACAUAAGUGGAAAGCAAACAUCAACAUCAGCACCGUAUGAAGGUCUUGCGAAAGAAUCGUACGUAAGUGGAAAGCAAACACCAAGAUAUACACCGCAUGAAGCUCCUGCGAAAGAAUCGUACGUAAGUGGAAAGCAAACACCAACAUAUACACCGUAUGAAGCUCCUGCGAAAGAAUCGUACGUAAGUGGAAAGCAAACACCAACAUAUACACCGCAUGAAGCUCCUGCGGAAGAAUCGUACGUAAGUGGAAAGCAAACACCAACAUAUACACCGUAUGAAGUUCCUGCGAAAGAAUCGUACGUAAAUGGAAAGCAAACACCAACAUAUACACCGCAUGAAGCUCCUGCGAAAGAAUCGUACGUAAGUGGAAAGCAAACACCAACAUAUACACCGUAUGAAGCUCCUGCGAAAGAAUCGUACGUAAGUGGAAAGCAAACACCAACAUCAGCACCGUAUGAAGCUCCUGAGAAAGGUCCGUACGAAAGUGGAAAGCAAACAUCAACAGCUGGCACCGCUAUAAGCUCCUGCGAAAGAAUUCCUGUUGUGGAUUCGUACGUAAGUGGAAAGCAAACACCUACUUCUACACCGAAUGAAGCCCAUUCGAAAGGUUCGUAUGAAAGUGGAAAGCAAACACCAACUUCAGCACCGUAUGAAGCUCCUGAGAAAGGUCCGUACGAAAGUGGAAAGCAAACAUCAACAGCGGCACCGCAUGAAGCUCCUGCGAAAGAAUCGUACAUAAGUGGAAAACAAACACCAACAUCUGCACCGUAUGAAGCUCCUGAGAAAGGGACGUACGAAAGUGGAAAACAAACAUCAUUAGCGGCGCCGUAUGAAGCUCCUGCGAAAGGAUCGUACAUAAUGGAAGCAAACACAACAUCACACCAAACAUCAACAUCAGCACCGUAUGAAGCUCCUUUGAAAGAAUCGUACAUAAGUGGAAAGCACACACCAACAUCAGCACCGUAUGAAGCUCCUGCGAAAGGUCCUAACGAAAGUGGAAAGCAGACAUCAACAGCGGCACCGUAUGAAGCUCCGGCGAAAGAAUCGUACAUAAGUGGAAAUCAAACAUCAACAUCAGCACCGUAUGAAGCUCCUGCGAAAGAAUUGUACGUAAAUGGAAAGCAAACACAAACAUAUACACCGCAUGAAGCUCCUGAGAAAGGUCCGUACGAAAGUGGAAAGCAAACAUCAACAGUGGCACCGUAUGAAGCUCCUUUGAAAGAAUCGUACAUAAGUGGAAAGCACACACCAACAUCUGCACCGUAUGAAGCUCCUGAAAGAUCCUUCGAAAGGAAAGCAACAUCAACAGCGCACCGAUGA